AUGGUGGAAACCGAAGGGGAGACAGACGUGCCCUAUGUAAAUGACAGUAAAACGUAUCCAGAAAUAACUCAAAAUCCCCUGGAUGAAAUUAGUCUCACUGCUUACGCACUUGGAGGUCUCGGUGGCCUAUUCCUAGGACUUAUCCCCGUUUUAAAAUUUACCAAUUUUAAUAUAUAUAUGAUAGCCUUCUCACUGUUCCAUUUCUUGGAAUUUUACACCACUGCCAAAUACAAUCCAAGCAAAGUGAGUUCGGAUUCAUUCAUCCUAAAUAAUGGGAUAGAAUAUACCGCUGCACAUCUCUUGGGAGUUUUUGAAUGUUUUAUUGAGGGGUAUUUCUUCAAAUCUAGCAAAGCAUUGACCCCCGUCAAGAUUGUAAUAUCAUGUAUUGCUAUUAUGCUCAUAAUAAUAGGCCAAUUGACGAGAUCCAUCGCUAUGUGCACCGCUGGAAAAUCGUUUUCUCAUUUUAUCAAAACAGAAAAGGAAACAGAUCACGUACUAGUGAAGGAUGGAAUUUACGCUUAUUUGAGACAUCCAAGCUACUUUGGGUUCUAUUGGUGGGCUGUAGGAACUCAAUUGUUAUUAUUAAACCCAAUCUCAACUGUUGUCUUUCUUUACGUUUUAUGGGCAUUUUUCAGAAAGAGAAUUAAUAUAGAGGAAAGAUAUCUGAUCAGCUUCUUUGGUAAAGAUUACGUUCAGUACAAAAAGGAGGUAUCUACAAGGAUCCCCUUUAUUGAAUAA